AUGAUUCGGCAUCCACGCUCGGCCCAGCCUGACCCCAUAACCGUCGAAAUCGGCCAAGUACUUGCACCCCUGGCUGUCUUUCCAUGGGGACCGCUUGCAAUGCACUACUUGGGUGUUCCUAUUGUAAUAGGUGUUGCUAUGAUCGCCGUUCGUGAUGAGGACUAUCAGACAGCAUGCCAGAAGCUAAAGCACCUGGGAUUCUAUGAAAUAAUUCCUGACCGCACGAUUCUCCCCGAGAUAUUGGCAGCGAUCCCAGAUCCAGAUCAAGCAAUUGAAGAGGUUGCGAAGGAGUAUCAACGUCUGGAUAACUCAACUAUUACGUUCGAAUAUCCACCCAAUCACGACCUUUCUGGGAGUCUACAGUUGACUUUGGCCCCAAACUCCUUCACGAAUCUUCAGGUACCGGAUAUGACCGGCAACGUGCAGCAAGACCCUGUCUCUACCACGGGCUACGACAUCUACGGCAAUAUAUGUCACCCACUUGAAGAGGCGUUGGUUGAAAGUUACGUCAGGAGCGUUAUUGACGAUGAGAAUGAUCAGAAUGAGUUUUCUGGUUGGGGAGAUAGACUAAGCACCUGGGUGGCUAUGAUGUGUGGAUAUCUUGAGGUCAAUAACGAUAUCCUCGAUAGAUGCUCGGAUAAGCGAGCAGUAGAAUGGUUUAGUGUGACCUACGGUCGGAUACACGAGGAAAGGUUCGGUCCCUUGGAUAGACGUGUCUCAAAGCGACUAGGUUCCGGAAGGGAAAUGCCAGUGGAUAUGAGGGGCAACCUGUUGCCCACGUAA